AUUUUGCAUUUUGUUAUUUUGUUAUUUUAGUGGAAUUCAAAAAUCAAAAUCCUCGAAAUUUCAGAUUUACAAAAAUGGCACAAGAACUAGAGGGAGCUAAACUAGUAAUCGAACCUCCCAGUACUAAUACUGAACCAUCUGAAAGCAACGGGAAUAAUGAGAAAGGGGAAUCCGAAAACUUAUCGAAUCCUGUGGACUACAGGGGAUCAUUCAGAGGGAACCAAGGAGGACGGCCAUUUCGUGGAGGAGCAUCUCGUGGGGGCCAAUUUCAAGGAGGACGCGGUGGCGGUAAUUUCAAUUAUAAUAGAGGUGGACAAGGUGACCGCAAUGAACAAAAUCAGGACUUUAGAGGAGGUCGUGGGCGUGGACGUGGUGGAUUCAGAGGAGGAAGAGGUGGUGGCGGUGAUCGCGGUGAUUACGGCGGCAGAGGAUCUGGACCUUCAGAGGAACAAAGUGGAGAUGGAGAUCGUGAGCAAGGUUUCAGGUCUAGAGGUCCAACUGACCAAAUAGCUGAUAGAAUUAGACGUUUCCAGGGCCCUACUUUCGAUUUGCCACCAAUCGAUCUAAGCGAGAAGCAAUUCAAUGGAAGAAGUAGAUUGUAUCUUGGUAAUAUUGGAAAUGAUGUGACUGAAGAAGACCUAGCUGAACUCUUCAAACCUUAUGGGGAGACUUCAGAAGCUUUCAUGAACAAAGAGAAAAACUUUGGCUUUAUUAAGAUUGAUUUUCUUGCAAAUGCUGAGAAGGCCAGACGAGAACUGGAUGGAAUACUGCUGAAAGGAAAAACUUUAAAAAUAAGAUUUGCUCCUAUCACUGCUAGUAUAAAAGUAAAGAACUUAUCAAAUUUUGUAACUAACGAGUUACUUCAUUUUGCGUUUAGUCCAUUUGGUGAAAUAGAAAAAGUUCACGUUUGUACUGAUGAACGUGGCAAACCUACAGGUGAAGGUUACGUACAUUUUGCAAAAAAAUUUUCAGCUACAAUUGCUGUAAAAAAAUGUACAGAAGGGUGUUACUUCCUAACGUCAUCUCUUCAACCAGUUAUUGUAGAAUUGUAUGAUGCUGUGGAUGAUAUUGAUGGUUAUUCUGAGAAGAGCAUUAUUAGAAAAACUGGAGAUUACAUGUCAGAACGUGAGCAACCUCCAAGAUUUGCUUCUCCUGAUAGUUUUGAAUUUGAAUAUGGCCAAAAAUGGAAAUGCUUGUAUGAAAUGUUCCAAAGAAAAGAGGAGGCAUUGAAGCAAGAAAUGCAAUUAGAAAAGGAUAAAUUAUUUGCCCAGAUGAAAUAUGCUUCAUACGAACAAGAAACCGAACUGUUGAGAAAGCAAUUGAGAAUUCGUGAAAUGGAUAAAGAACGUCAGAAGAAAGAAUGGGAAAUGAGGGAAAGAAGGGCUGAGGAAGAACGCAUAAGGCAUGAGGAAAACAUGCGCAGGCAGCAAGAUGGGAUGGGGUCAAGAAUGAUGGCUAAUCAAGAUGAUCCAACAAGAAGACAACAAGAGAAUAAUUUAUUUAUGCAGGCACCUCCUAACUUGAACAGUCUUUUGGAUCAAACGCAGCAAGUCCUUGGUCAAAAUCAGUAUACUGAUGAAAGUACUGACCUUGGUGUUGAGUCUGGUGCUGAUUUGGACAAGAAACCAUUCUUUGAGCGCCCCAGCCGCUUUGAAGGACGAGACAACCAACAAGGUAGAGGCCGAAAAUCACGUGGUGGACCAAGAGGGCACUGGGUCAGCGAAAACAGGCGCGGUGGUGGAGGCGGAGGCGGAGGUGACGAUUUUCAAAACAAACGACAACGUUUCUAGACUUCCGUAUUAAGUACGCUAUUUUUUGUAAAAAAAACAAACAUAAAAACAUUUAUCCAGGGCGCCCAAGCAUUUCAAGAUUGUCAGUGUAGAAUUUUAGCAGUAGUUAGCUCUAAGUAUUUUGAAAAAAAUAGUGAACUUUUUUAACAAUAUCAUGAAAGAACCUCCUGUAUAUCAAAUCAAAUCAAAUCAAUUUCGAUAAUUCCAGACUGUAAAUCCUUCAGACUUGCUUUUAAUCAAAUUUUAAACCUCAAAAAGUUUAUUUAUAGGCCAGUGGUAAUAUUUCAAUCUAAUUGAAACUUUUUCAAAUAUUUUUGUAUGCUGCUGUGGUACGAGUUCUCUGCUUUUAAAGAAAUUUAAAACUGAAAAGUUUAUCUCACAAGGGCGGGUGUAUAAUUUCAUAAGGUAUGAUAGUUAUGACAUUUCAAGUGACGUAUACUGUUUUUUUUAGGGCCCGAAAUUUUUGAAAUUCAAGUAUGCGAAUAUUCGUUAACGUAUACCUAUUCAAUAUUUAAAAUACAUUUGUGGACAUUGAAACAAUCGCCAAAAGUAUACCAGUUUACAAUCGGCAAUUAAGCAUGAUGAAAUGCCCAAGGCACGAAAAUCUUAUAAUUUUUUGUGAAUCUUUGAAUGGUAGGUUGUAGUAUACAUGUGUAGUUUAAUUCUCGUUGAGAUAGGAAGGUUUACUUCUACUCUGUCCAUUGACAGUUCAAAAAUUGCAAAUAUUUUUUGUAACUUUAGGAAUAAAGUAUGCAUGGUCAGUAUAUUUUUUUAAAAUAAUAUUUCAUUGAAGUUUAUUUUUACUGAAGUUUUGCGGAAAAAUAUCAAAACAUAGGUAUCCUGAAACAAUAGUUACCUUGACUUGAAUGGUAAAGUAGGUAGAUAUAUACCUAGAUCCUAGAUAAUAUAUAGAAUAUUUAUAACGACACGAUUUUUUUUUGUAUUUUUUGAUACAGUCAUUUCAGCAUUUUUUUAAAUAAUUUCAAUGGAAAAAGCUUCGAAUUCAUUUUAAAUUUCUAAAACGUAUGGUGUCGAAUUGUACGAAAAAUGGUUUUUAUGAUUGGAUAAAAACGACUUGAGGUAUACAUAUAAUUUAAAACAAAUUUAUUUUUUGGCAAUAUGUAUUGUUUUUCAAAAUACAAAAACAAAGUAUAUACCAAGGGACUAAAGUGUCUUUUGAUCCUUUUAGCGAAUUGCAGUUGAGCUACGGGAUUAAAAGAUCUAAUUCAGUUCCUUGGCAUAUUAUAAUGUAAGGUAGUUUUAUAGGUGGGCGCCCUGAUUUUAAUUCAUUUUAAUGAAUUGAUUGUAUAGAACUUAAGUUGAGAAGUAUUUUAUGUUUGCUUGGAAAUGAGUGUUUAUGUCGUCUGUAAUAAAAUUAUAAAUUUUUAUUCAUUUAUUUUAUAUGUAUUUGUUUUUAUAAUAAUUUUAUCAAUUCUUAUAUGAUUAUGAAUGCAACUUUUUUCGAUUUAUAUUAAUUACCUCUUUAAUGGAUAUAUUUGAGAUGGUGAAAAUUGUCUGAAUAAAUUUGACCUACGUAAUGUCUAUAAAAAAAAGUUUUCUUUAAUAUAAACCCUUAACUCUA